AUGCCUAAAGGAUCUUGUUUGUGCCGCCAAAUUCAAUAUGAAUACACAGGCGAACCAACGAUGACUGCUCUUUGCCAUUGCCAUGCAUGUCAGAAGUGGUGCGGUGCUACCGCCUCCUCCAAUGUCCUUUUGGAUCGAUCUCAAUUCAAGCUUCUGCAAGGAACUCCAAAGACAUUUGAGAUGCCUGGAGAUUCGGGAAAGAUGAACAAGCGAUCAUUCUGUGGAAACUGCGGAACCAGUCUUUUUGGUGAACUCGAGCUCAUGCCUGAUUUUGUUGGUAUCAAAGCUGGGAGUCUCGAUGACGGCGCUGCCGAUUAUGGUAAAGUCGCAACUGAGUUCUACACUGAGAGUCGACUCAGUUUCUGUAAAGCUAUUGAGGGCGCGAAGCAAGAACCGAAGUUCGGAAACUAA